GUUGUGCGCAUAUGCGUAGUUGUUCGUUUGUACUCUGUAUUAAUUUUUAGGCUGUUGAUGUUUACAAUAUUCACUUAACGGUUGAUAGUAAUAUUCUUUGUCAAAUUAUACAUUAUUUGAAAAAUUAAAAACAAAACAAAACAAGUGGUCAUUUUUAGUUUAAAAAUUCAUGAUUAUCAAUAUUUUAAUAAAAAAUUUAUUUUUUUACAUAAUAAGUUUUUUUGUGUUUACACAAAUUACAAUGACGCAAACGAGUUCAAAACCAAAUUAUAAACUUCCAUUUGAAAAUCAAAAUAGUUCUAGUGGUUAUGAUGUUGAAUCAUAUUAUUAUAAAAUAAAAUUAGUACCGCAUAUUCAAGAAAAUGAGGUGACUUUUGAUGGAGAAGUUUCCAUAGAUUUUAAAAAUAUAAUAGCGAGUAGUUGGAUUAAAUUGAGCGCUAAAAAUUUGGAAAUUGUGGAAAAUGUUAUUUUGAAAAAAGAUGAUGAAAUUUAUGAGUCAAGUGAUUAUACUAUCACUAUUGAUGAUUCCGGAAAUACAUUGACUAUAAAUUUCGAUAGAGAAAUCGCACUUGGUAUUUAUAAUUUAUAUAUCCAGUAUAAAAGUCAUGGUCUCGGCAGUAGCAAAGUUUUGAAACAUACUUAUUAUUUUGAUAAACUUGGAAAAAAACAAUGGAUAUUACUGAGUGAUUUUCAAAAUGGGGGAUUAGAAGAAUUGUUUCCAUCCUGGAAAAGUGAUUGGUGUCCCUCAAAAUUUGAAUUUUCCAUCAAGCACAAUAAAGAGUAUACCGUAUUAUUCAAUGCGCCGGUAAAAGAAAUAGUAGCAGCAGAGGAUUCAAAUUCAGUGUGGACAAUUUUUGAAAAAGCUCCAAGUUUAACUCCGAAUAGUUUUGCAUUCAUUGUUGGAGAUUUAGAAUAUUUGUCUGCACACGAUGACGAUCCGUUCAAACUUUGGUUCCCUAAAAAUACAAUCGAUUGUGAAAAUAACGACAUUAAAAUUGUGGAAAAAUUAUGGAAAGCACUGGAAGACGUGACCGGUGUAAAUCGUAAAGAGCAUAAAUACAAUAAGUUGGAUGUUGUCGUUUUGCCGGAAUUUAUUAAGAUCAAACGAUUUAACUGGGGACUCUGUACCGUCAAUGAUGAGAGUAUUGGGUUCAAAGAAAAUAUCGAUAAAAUCGAAAAAAUUACCACAAUUACGGAUAUAGCAUCUUCACUUAUCGAUCAUUGGCUUGGUGACCUUAUUCAAACUGUCACUUAUGAUAAAGGAAGACCCUUGAGCUAUGGCCUUCGUUCUUAUUUAGCUCAACUGGUAGCUGAUAAGGUUGAUAAAAAUGCUCAUUCUAUUGAUCGAUUUAUCAAUAAUCAAGGACAAGAAGGAAAUUGGAAUGAAUUUCAUUAUAAUUAUAUAUCGCGUACAAUCGAAAACGUUCUGGGUAAAGACAACUUCCGAACGGCUCUAAGAAAUUAUAUAUUAAAUAAUGAAUCUAAAGAUCAGAUAGUCAGUGAGCUUUCCGAUGAAAUCGCAAAAGCAUCUGGAGACAAGAAAGAAUUUAUGGAAAAAGUUUUGAAAAAUUGGAGUACUUUUUCGUCAUUUCCCACACUCACGGUCACUCGUAAUUAUGAAAAAAAUAAAGCAAUUGUUACACAAGCACGAUUUUUAUCUGAUCCGGAGUUAGAUUGGAGAUAUUGGGUGCCAUUGAAUUGGGCAACUCAAGACGAGCCUAAUUUCGAAGAUACGUCGGUAACUCAGUGGUAUGAUGGUGAUUUAAUGAAAACCGAAAUUCCGGUUGCAGUUGCUGAUGAUCGUUGGAUAAUUUUAAACAAACAACAUUUUGGUACUUAUCGCGUAAAUUAUGAUGAAAAAAAUUGGAAAUUAAUAAUAAAUUAUCUGAAAACUGAUGAUUACUCAAAAAUUCAUCUCUUCAAUCGUAUUCAGCUGAUUAACGACGCAUUUACUAUUGCCGGUUGGGGAUUUCUUGACUACAGUAUACCUUUUGAACUAGCGGAGUAUCUUCCUCGUGAAACAGAAUUUGCUCCAUGGGCAGCAUUUCUGCAUCAUAUUGAGCAGUUAUAUUAUGAAACAUCACUACGUCAUUCCGAAUACUACGAUAAUUUCAAGAUAUAUGUUUUGAAGCUGACUGAUGAAUUAAAAAAACGGAUCCUACUCACGGAUGAAGCUGAUGAUGAUUUUACCACGCGGCUUUUGAGAAUUUCUUUGGUGAAUGUGCGUUCCAUUUAUGGGUCAAGUGAUGAAGGAAAUUAUGCCCUUGCUAAACUUAGAAAUUGGCUCGACGAUCCUGAUAAAUAUCCCAUUGAAACUUGAAGUUUCAGUUUCUCUACAGCCAGUCGGAAAAAGUUAAUUUCAGUCCAAUGCCGCGAGUUGAUAUUAGAAACGCGUAAAUUGUGAAUGCCUUUAGUCAGCGGGCAGAAACAAAAUUUUUUUUCAGCAUUCCUGCACCGCAAGUUCGAAUUCCUGCGCCGUUGAGUAGGAAGAAAGUCGCUCUUUUCUUAUGUGAGAAUUAGAGUGUCUUUAGCUCGGGAAAAGUAGAAAAUCUAGCAGGGGACGAACAAGCGGAUAAUUGCUUGUUGGGAACCCGAAAGGUACAAAUGGAGAAGCCCUUUACAUAGGGUACGAGGAGAACUUGCAUCCCACCACUAAUCUAUGCAAACAGUUGACCAGAGCUGAAGUCUGGUACCAUGGGGAAUCCAUUCCAAGCCCCACUUCGACCAGAGUCUCUCUAUUUCCUGAGAUGGAAGGAGUGUUUGGGUCCAAAUGAGGUCGGACUCGUGGUGGUUGUUGGUGAGGCACCCACAUGCAAUGCAUACCUAAUGGUUAAGUUAAUGUGAGCUUAUGCUCAUAUUUCGCUUUUAUAAUAUAUGGUGGAGUUGAUUAUACAAAUACACACAAAAAAAAAAAUUCUCGACUGAAGGUAAAUAUUCUUGAUUCAAGAAAAUUUUUUUGGAGACCUAAAUUUUCUCAGAUAAAGUAGAAAUCUUCUCCAACCAAGACGAAUUCUCUUGAGUCAAGAAAAUCUUGACUUGGUUUCCGAAAACGUUUGUCUUCAAAAAUAUUUUCUUGACUCAAGAUAUCUGUUUUUUCUGUGUAGGGAUUUCGCAGCGCGAGUAUGCCCAAAAGGGCGAUGUAUCGUCCUCCCGUCAAACGGAGGUGGGCCUAACAGCCCCGUUACAUUAAUUAACUUAGAUGAGAAAACAAAUACACGAC